AUGACUCAAAUCCAAGACGAAGCUAUUAAGCUCAAAGAUCAGGGUAAUAAAUUCCUUAAGGAACACAAAUUCGAUGAGGCCAUUGAGGCAUAUACCAAAGCUAUUGAAUUGGAUCCCAAGAAUGCCAUUUUCUACUCUAAUAGAGCUCAAGUCCGAAUUAAACUUGAGAAUUUUGGUUUAGCCAUUCAGGAUUGUGACUCUGCCAUUGCAGUCGACCCAAAUUUUAUAAAGGCUUAUUAUAGAAAAGCAGUGUCACAAAUGGCUAUUUUGCAAACAAAACAGGCGCAGCAAAAUUUUAAGUUCAUAUUGACAAAGUUGCCCAACGACAAGUUGACUUUGGAGCAUUAUAAAAAAUGUACUGCUUUAUUGAAGCGUGAGGCAUUUGAACGUGCCAUAGCUGGUGUUGAAGAAGCAUCUGUUCUCGACUCGAUAGAUUACGAGGGAAUACAAGUGGAGAAAUGGUGGGAAGGUCCAGAUUUGGAGAUUAAAACCAAGAAAACAAAAGUCGAUGGUAAAGACAAAUUAUCAGUUGAUAUUAAUGGUUUGGAUUUGGACUAUUUGAGGUAUAUGAUCAAGACUUUUAAAGAUGGCGGAAAGAUUCCCAAGAAGCAUGUGUUUGCAAUCAUUUCUAAGGCCAAUGAGAUUUUGAGUCUGGAAAAGUCAAUGACCGAGGUCACACUUAAACACUCAAAGCUCAAUAGACAGCCUUUGGAAGAUGAAAUUGUUGGUGGUUCGAAACUUACAGUACUUGGUGACACGCAUGGACAGUUUUACGAUUUGCUCAAUAUAUUCAAGAAAUUUGGUAAAUGUUCCGAAGACCAUGUUUACCUCCUAAAUGGUGAUUUUGUUGAUCGUGGAAGUUGGUCAACAGAGAAUUGUUUGUACUUGUACGUUUUGAAGAUUCUUUACCCUAGAUCCAUGUUUAUCAAUAGAGGAAACCAUGAAACUUUGGAUAUGAACAGAACUUAUGGUUUCAGUGAUGAAGUUGAAGCAAAAUACUCUAAAAAGGUUUUUGAGGCAUUCAGUCAGUCAUUCGGCUCUUUGCCAUAUGCUUGUUUGAUCAACAGGGAGUAUUUGGUCAUGCAUGGUGGUUUAUUUUCAAAUGAUAAUGUCACAAUCAAGGAUAUCAAAGACAUAAACAGGUUCAAACACGUACAGCCGCCUAAGGAAGGUAUUGCAAUGGAACUUUUGUGGACUGAUCCACAAGAAACUAAUGGUAAGUCACCAUCAAAGAGAGGUAUAGGAAUGCAAUUUGGUCCUGAUAUUACUGAACGAUUCUGCUUAAACAAUAAGCUUCGAAAGAUUAUUAGAUCUCACGAAGUGAGAAUGGGUGGUGUUGAGGUUGAACAAAAGGGAAGACUAAUUACUGUUUUUAGUGCUCCAGACUACUGUGAUUCUACGGGAAACCUCGGUGGAGUGGUCAAUUUUACUGAAAAUACAGACUAUGACCCAGAAAAGGACGAUGGUGAGGGAUAUAGAAACCCUGUCGUUGACGAGUCCGAUGAAAGCAAUCCAUGGACAAUGAGUUUGGAAACUUUCGAAGCUAGCCCGCAUCCUGAUAUCAAGCCUAUGGCAUAUUCGAAAGGCGGAAUUGGAUUUUAA